GAAGACUUCCUCCGCGGCUGACUGUAGCACGAAUAUUGUCAUUCACCAAUCAUCGCCGCUGCUAUGGGGGUGUAAAAAGGACUGACAUCCAUAGAAGAAAGACACACUAUCAGGCUAAACUAACGGUUUAUGGAUUUCAUGAUGAUGAAGAAAAAGAAAUUCAAGUUUAAAGUGGAUUUCGAGCUGGAUGAGCUCUCUUCUGUCCCCUUUGUCAACGGUGUCCUGUUUUGUAAAGUCCGACUCCUUGAUGGUGGUUUCUCCGAGGAGUCGUCUCGGGAGCCAGUCCAUGCUAACUGUGUACGCUGGAAGAAGAGGUUCUCCUUCCCCUGUAAGAUGAGUGCCACCGCUGGGACGGGCGUGCUUGACCCCUGUGUGUGCCGCGUGUCUGUCAGGAAGGAGCUAAAGGGUGGGAAGACGUACGCAAAGCUUGGCUUUGCAGACCUAAACCUGGCUGAGUUUGCUGGUUCUGGUAACACGACACGUAGAUGUCUACUGGAAGGUUACGACACCAAGAACACCCGGCAGGACAACUCCAUACUCAAGGUUAUCAUCAGCACACAACUGAUGUCCGGGGACCCCUGUUUUAAAACGCCUCCUUCCACAGGCACAUUCAUCGGCGUCCAGGGAGAUGCAGAGAGCCUCCUGGAAGAGAGGAAGGGAGGGGACAACCAGAAGACCUUCAUGGAGAGCCGAGAAGGAAAGUGUCCCUCUGUUUCCGAUGAACUUGGGGGCUCCUGCCAUUCCCGAACAUCCAGCUACGCUAGUCAGCAGUCUAAAGUCUCAGGCUACAGCACAGGUCACUCCCGCUCCUCCAGCCUGUCAGAGUGUACCCAUCGCAGGAACACUUCUGUGGGCAGCGCUUCCACCGGCAUUGCCAGCAUCCUGGAGCCCUCUGACGACACUAGGGACACCAGGGACCAGAGGGAGAGCAGGGACCGGGAGAGGGGAGACAGGGAAUCCAGGAUGGGGAUGAUGCCCCCUACUGCUGGGGCGUCAGCCUGCACAGCCCUGCCUGAACACCCCACCCCCACCAGUACCAUUGGUUCCUGUACAGGCACUCCGGUGAAGAGCGCCUCGUCCUGCGAACGCCUCAACAGACACCUGGUGAAGCAAGGGUCCAUGGAGGGUCAGAUGAUGAGGGUGGAGGCAUCGAGGGUGGAUGCUGAUGACGUGGUGGAGAAGAUCCUUCAGAGUCAAGACUUCACCCCCAGCCUGCUGGACUCCAGCCAUGAAGAGGAAGGUCUGCGGUUGUUUGUCGGUCCCGGAGGAAGCACUGCCCUUGGAAGCCAUCACCUGCCUACCAGGGUUGGCGCUGGUGCAUAUGAACAGGUGGUGAUUAAACGUUAGGCCUAAACCCCACCAGGAGGAUGAGUGGCACAGCUGACAUCCAACAGAACCAUCAGUGGUUUUUAUCUUUAAUUCCAGCAAGCACAUUUUAUCCAACUGAACUGGCCUGUCAGAAAUGGACUGCAACAGCGCCCUCUGGUGUGCUUACAGACUAUGUGCACUGUCUGUUGUCCCCUGUUAGAUUAGCUCAGUGAAGUCAAGAAGAACAUCACCACUCCUCAAUCUGGGAAAGGAGUCAGACUAUUAAAAACUGCAGUUUGAGGUCACAGGAAAACCUGACCUUUUCAGCUGGAGAUCAAAGUGAUUUGGUUCUGUGUUUGUCACCAGAAUGAAUGAAGCCUUUGAAGAGGAUGAUGCCAUGCUUUUUCAAUACAUUCCCUAGUUAACGCUAGUCCCCUAGUUUUCAGUCCUUUGGUUUUUCAACAAUGUUUUUUAUUUGGAACUGCCUUUUAAUGUAGGAUUUUAACUUUUGUCCACCAAUAAGCUGCUAAAAGGUUGUGUGUGUGUGUGUGUGUGUGUGUGCGUGCAUCAGUGGAGGCUGGUGGGAGGUGCUAUAGGAGGAUGGGCUCAUUGUAAUGACUGGAAUGGAAUCAUGGUUUCCAUGUUUGAUACCGCUCAAUUUAUUCCAUUCCAGUCAUUACAAUGAGCCUGUCCUAUAUCUCCUCCCACCAGCCUCCAAUGGUGUGCAUGUGUGUGUUUGCUAUGUGUUUGUGUGUAUGCAUGACUGUGUGCGUGCCUAUAUGUCUCUGGUAAAGUGUUAAAGCCACUAGUCUGUUGUAAUAAUAGUAAACCUACAAUAAUCCUGCAGUAUACAGAGCCAGGGCUGAGAGUGAGACUACAGGUUAUGUACUCUGUACUGAAGGUGACCCUGCUCCUCUCCUCUGCUGAUCUCAUUACUGGCAGAAAUAGAAACCGCCUUACAAUAUAACCGCUCUGCUCUUUUUAUAUGCUUGUGGGAGGGAAAUAGAUGGUGAGGAAGAGGAGAGAAGCUCUGUUUGAGUGAGGUCAAGCUUGUGUUUGCUUCUUCUGAAAGAAUCAGACUCUCAGGUUAAGAUAUCAGGGUUCCAAUCCGGAUGGCUCUUUUUUUGCAACGACCGAUGACAGUGGGGUUUAGAAACUGAUGCAAGUCAACAGUUGAUUCUUGCCAAGCCGACGUAGGUAAAGAUGAAGGCUACAGGACAAAUGGUCAACAAUUGAACUGCCAUUGUACACACUUAUUGGUCACCUUGUGUAGUACAACUCCAAAGAGUGAGACAGUGUGGUCCAUGAAGGUUCUCUCUCAGCAGCAUAUCAGAUGGUAUGAUGAUGAUAUACUUAUAUGACAAAAAGCCAGGAGUUACAUCAGAUGAGGCUGAUGAUGACUCUGUUAUUCGUUGUCUGAACGAUGUAAUGGAUUGGUCCCCCCCAUAUCUUGAAUAUAGUCUGUCAAAUACGGUUAUGAAACUGACAUUGGGGGGGAAAUUGUAUACACUACACGAUUUUGUGAUGAUGAAUCUUGUUAAUUGGUCUGUCUCAUUAAAUAGAGAUAACAAUACAUAUUCAGAGUAAGUUAAAGAUAUAAUGGCAUUACAUACAUUUAGUGUAUGUGAUCGUCAUACUGGAGGUUAACCAUAUCCUGACCUCAAGUUAUGUGCCGUAAUUUGCUGAUUUCUGCAGUGUCAUCAGUGUAUGGUAUUAUAACUCUGAAUUAAUGUGUUAUUUCUCUUUGUGUAGAUGUUUAUUGUUUGCAUGAUUUUUGUAUUUCUUCAGCGAGUUAAACCAAUGCUUGAAAACCACAAUUCCACCAUCACAUGUGGUUCAAGGUUUCUUACAUCUGUACGUUUGGUAAGACCACAUACCUGUGUGAUUCAUUUAUGUUGUGCCAUCACUUACCUGGAAGUUCUCUUUGCUGCCUCAUGAGGCAGAUUUAAGAACAGAACUAAUGUAUAGAUCCAGAACAUGGUAGAAACUAAUAAUGAGUAUUGUAACCUUUAGAAAGGCACUUGUAUUACCAUUCACUAUUCCUCUUGAAUAGAAAUAAGCCUGUUAACUACCUUCCUUCAGUAAAAUCAGUUCCAGUAGACAGAUGUUAGACAGGCAGCAUAUGUUCCUGUUUCCCAGCUCAGUCGGUACCUAACAUGUAACAAACAUGGUUGCCUUUUCUCUUCUGUGAAGCUGUGUGUAUUAAGGAGCUGUAACCCAUAUCCUCCUGUAAAAGUGACGUUUUCUGUCAGUGUCGACAGUGUCCAAUGUUCCUGUCUUUUUGACCAACAUUUGCUUCCUUACCAGGUGUACUGUAUGCUUUUCCUGUGUACCAUGCACUGUUGAUUAAAACGGUUCAAAAUGUU